GCUGGGGUUUAUUUCCUGUGCUCACCCGUGUAGACAUCAGUCUAGGUGCUCAGGUGUAGCAAUCAUGCCUAUCGCUGCAGAGGACAAGGCUUUGUGCAAGGCGGGCCCGUCCAGCGGCGCUGGAAAGCCCGUCAAGGCAAAGGCCAAAAAAUCAGACCCGGUGCUUGCACCUGUCCUCGCUCUGCAGCAGCAGCUCGCCUCGUCUGCCGAUCUCAAUCCUCUCCAACAGCUGAUUGAGCUCUGUGUAAAGUUCGCAAAAUCUGUGGCAGCAUCUGACAGCGCUACUGCAAAAGGACAGACGGCUUCAGUGUCCACUUCCGAGGUCGCUUCGACUCUGAAGGCUGUCCAUGUCUGCAUUCAAGUUCUUCAGCGUUCCUUUUUGACGCUUCUCGAAGCCGACAGGAUUCCGCUCCACUCGAGUAUCGACGAAAGGGGCUGCAUUUCCAGUGAAGGACUGGAGCUCAAAAAUCCGGAAGAGCUAGUUGGCCGCUGGUUGCAAGGAAGAUGGAAUGCCUACGUCCUCUUACUUUGCUCGCUUCUUGGCUUCGAGACUGCUUCUGGAGGUGCAGCCGAAGAGGGAAUCCGCAAAGAGGUGCUGGAAAGCCUAGUAGCUCUUCAAGUCGAGGCUAGUCAAAGCCUCACCCGACAGACACAUCGGCGAGCCAUGUCCAACGAGGGCCAGGAAAGCGAACUCGCCCCUCUCUGGGCACAAUCACCCUGGAAGCCACUUAUGCAUGCACUCAUCUUCGGAUCCACACCGGUAGAGUGCCUCAAGGUGGACAGUGAUGGGGGGGUCAGAGAAUCAUUCUCACUGACCAGCGGAAAAGUGCUGCAAGAUGUUAGGCAGAAAUUUGCAGACGACCUGUUGGAGAACUUUGAUGAUGUCCGGUACGCAACGUGCAGAGACAUUAGUGGUGUGCUCCGCUCGCCACCAAGCCACGUAGCAGCAAACGAACAGUUGCGCUCCAACGCCCUUCAACUUCUCGUCUUGCUUACGGCUGUGCCGGUACAGGAAUCGGACCUCAAUGCCUUCCUUCUGCCGAACCUCGCCUCGCUGCGGAAGCCGAACAAGGGCAAGGGAAAAGUCAAGGACGGAGACAAGAAGCGAAAAUUCACUGAAGACGGAGACUCAGAUGAAGACGAAGAACCUUUGGAAGACUGGUUCUCCGACUCGGACGAAGAGUCGGGUCGGCCGCAAGAUCGUACCAAGAAAGCAAAGGUUGGCGCAAAUGGCAAUGCUGCCACUGGCCUCGGUGGUGCGGCAGUACGCUCGCAAAAAGCAGCAAAGAAUCGAAGGCGGCGUCAAGGAUUACCUUUUUACCAAGCGGUACACUCGCUGCCGCAGCAGAAGGCAGCCUUCUCCAAUGCCUGGCUAUCAUUGCUCCUCCCAGGGCUUGCCGAAGGCGGGGCCUCGGGUCCGAUCGGCGGUGAAAUAUCUCUUGCUCAGACACACGAAGUUCUGCUGCGUCUGCACAUUCAGAUUCUUCCGCACCUCGUCAAGCCCAACAUGCUGUUGGACUGGCUCGUCGACUGCGUGGAUGCUGGCGGCGCGACGAGCCUGCUCGCCCUCAACGGUCUCUUCACGCUCAUGAUUCACCACAACCUCGACUACCCUGCCUUUUACACGAAGCUGUAUGCGCUCCUGGGAAGCGCAGAGUCAGAUGGAGUAGCAGAGGCCUCAGUCUCGGUCAAGACGACUCCUUCUGUCCUGCAUAUGCGUUACCGCUCGCGUUUCCUGCGCCUGCUGGAGACGUUCCUUUCAUCCACACAUUUACCGUCUGCACUUGUCGCAUCGUUUGCGAAGCGGCUAUCGCGUUUGGCCCUACGUGCUCCGCCAGCAGCGGCAGUCACGCUGGUCCCGUUUAUCUGGUCGCUGCUCAAGCGGCACCCGCAGUGCAUGCAGCUGAUCCACCGCGACUUUUCGGCUUCUUCGACGCUGGGAGUUGGUGUCGCCGGCGGCAGUGCUAUUGAGAUAGACCGCUUCAGUGCUGGGCCCGCUGGCGUUGCCGACCCCUUCGACCCGCGCAAGACAGACCCAACCGCGACGCACGCGAUCGAGUCGUCACUGUGGGAGCUUGCGUCGUUCGGCGCGUCGCUCGCUGCGGCGCAGAAUGCAGGACGUGACCCGCUCGCGGUGCAAGGGCUCGGCGGCCAGAGCCACUGGCUGCACAGCGUGACGACGCUCAGUCGGAUUUUGGCGGAGCCGUUCACGAGGGAGCGGUAUGACCUGGAAGAUUUUCUGGACAUCACGUAUGGCACGCUCUUCGAUACUGAGACGGCGCCGAUCCUAAAGCCAAAUGAAAAGCGGCGGAAUCCACCUCCUGCGCCUGUAUUGGCGUAUUCAUUACCCGGGUCGCAUCUCAAAGGCUCUAAGACGUACAGAGCGUUCGUCACGGCUUCCGCGUUGGCCAGGGCGCACAACUUGGAAACCAAGGAGGGGAAAUGCGAAGCUAGUGAUGUCGAAAACCAGCCGCCACAGAAUCAAAAGGCCCUUGCUGCCUCAAACGAUCCUAUGGAUCUGUGGGUUUUUUGAGGGGGCUUGGCGACAUGUACUCUGGCUUUAGUCCGAA